AUGGAUAUUAUGGUACUGCCUGCAGAGGACCUUCUUUUUUUCAUAAAUCAAUUGCGUCCCGGAGUCCCUCCCCUUCUCACGUUCAUUGCAUCUCAGCAUCGACCUCCGAUGGAUCAGCAAUCAAUGUGCAAGUUAGCCUCAACGCAAAUCGACGCAUUCUUGACAGAGCUUGAAAGGUUAGAUGAUAAGAUGAUUCUUACCGAAGUACACCUGCUCGAGAGUCACAUCUACCGUGGCAUCGGAAACCUGUCGAAGUCCAAGGUUGGUCCUUCGAGUGCCAUCCCGGUAUUCUCAUUGUACGCUUACGUCCACGAAAUGCAAAGGCUGCCAUCACUUUCGCUAGACCUGCAAUCUGGUGUUCUCCAUGCCAAGGACAAAGAUUACACUAUCGCAUACUCAUAUUUCUAUGAGACUUUUGAGAACAUGUCAUCGCAGGAUGACCCAGCAGCGCUGAACGCACUCAAGUACAUGCUUUUGUGCAAGGUCAUGUUGAAUAUGCCAGAAGAUGUAACAUCACUUCUCUAUAUCAAGCUCGCAAAUUUGCUGCAUAUCGGUGAGCCGUACUCGAUGGUAAAGAUUGACUACGUUGCAAAACAGGUUGGUCAAGGACGGCAGGACACUGAGGCCAAGCUAUCUCAGAUGAUCUUGGACAUGGUGUUCCACGGCGUGCUGGAUCAGGGACGACUCGGAUGCCUGAUCGUAUUUGAUGAGCUAGAAGCUGACACCACGUAUGGUGCAGCAAUCGGGACCUGGAAUAAGUUAGCAAGGUCAUAG